AUGUCGAGCCGCUCCGAUGAUUCGUUGGACUCGCUUUUUCAUUACGAGCCGAGCCGCGUAGAUGCCGAGGCGAGAAGUUCAACAGAAUCCUCCGAGGUGUCUGUUUCGCCGAACCCUUCCAAUUGUUCAUCUGACGAGGCGUCGAAUGACGCGAAUCCAUCAAACGAGGGUUCUGCAGAUGACGAGCCGUUGGCUUCGACGAGCCGUCCCCAGGACCCGGUUCCUGAUGAAGGUGUUAAUCGCGCCACAGUAAAAGCCGAGGAGGAAGCGUUUCUCUUUGACCUACUCGAGGCUAAGUACGAGUUGGAACGUCUCAUGCCUGAUCCGCCUGAUCCGCCUGGCUCUACGCUUUCUUCCCUUGAGUCGCUCGAGGCGUUGAGGCAUCGCUUCGGGAUAUCCGAGGCGGUGGAGUUUGUCGUUCCCGAGAAGAGCGACCGAGCCGACAAGCCUCCAGAGAAUCACUUCACUCUGUACGAGGCGUUCUUCGAACUUUGCUUUCUCUGGUUCCCGAUCCCCGGAGUGAUCCUCGAAUACCUUUGGAAACACAGGAUCUCGAUUGGGCAGAUUAUGCCGAGGGGAUUACGGCAUAUGAUCGGCAUUUUAGUCCGAAGCUUCGAAUGCGGUCUUGACAUCGAGCUGAAAGCUCCGAAAGGAAAUAGGUUCUAUAUUUCCAACAAGGCGAAGCGACGGAUUAUUGGCGGUUUUCCCAGCAAGGAUCAGUUUUGGACUGAACGCUUCUUCUACGUCUUGGUGAACGAGGCGUCGGUCGGUGAAGAUUACGUUCACCGAACCAAGACCGCUUGGGGACCACUUGGUAGCCGACCCGAAGAUUUGCCUCGGCUCGGAGAUUCAUUCGGUGCUAUCUUUACUGUUCGAGACUCUCUUUCGGCGCGGAAGGUUAAUUGGAGAAAAAACUUCACCCUCGAAAGAGUAGAAAAAACGCGAGCCAUCCUUGCCGGAGUCCCCGUCAGUUCUUCAUCCUCAAGUUCUUCGAGAGAUACCCGAGAGAAGAUGGUGGUAAUCGCCCUUAGAGAAAGGAAGAGGUGCGAGGAAGAGGAAGCCGCUAGACGAGCUGCCGAGGCGGCUCGCGCGCAAACCGAGGUGGUUCCGGCGCAAGCCGAGGCGGUCUUAGCGCAAACCGAGGCCGUCCUUCAACCCGACCCUCUGAGCUGGGAAGGGGAUGUGAUGAUCCGAGCCGCAGAAGGCGACACUGCCGAGGCGGCUGAGAAAGAUGUAGUGCCCGAGGUGGAACCGGGCGAAAUUAUCCCCGAGGUGUCCGGGGACGGCUCGGCGGCGCGGAGUAAGACUCCUUCGCAAUCCGCCAUCCUGGCCCUCCCGAAGUCGACGAGGCCACCGACUUCGGUCGUCCAGAAGCAUGACUCUAGCCAAAAACGUUCAGCUACUGACAAGGGGAAAGGCGUCGCCGUCCAGAAGGACGAGCCGUCGAAGAAGACGGGGACCCCGCCGCGCGUAAAUUGGUUGUUGACGAUCCUGACGCUUCUGCCGUCAUGUUCUCGCGUGUAA